CGCAUAAUACAGGACGGAUGGUCACCGUGCGUUCUCUAGCAUCUGUAGCUUUAAAAAAAGGAAGAGGAAGUGUUACUGGCAUGCAUUUGGAUUAUUACACAAUCGACUUCAACGAAGAGCUUUCAGCGCUUUAUGGAAAUUAUUUAGAAAGACAAACACUAUAUUUGAAACAUUGUAUAAAUACCGUUAUAAAGCUUUAUAUUAAUAGUAAAGUAGCGGAAAGAAAAGUGAUAUUGAUUGGUCAUUCCAUGGGUGCUGUGGUAGCACAUGCCGUAUUGAAAGACAUUGAAAUAUCGAAAUACAUCAAUACAAUUAUUUCUUUAGCUGCUCCUAUAAACAAACCUGUGUUAAUUUUUGAUGAAAAAAUUGAAGUUUUUUACAACGAUAUAAAUAAACAUUUGUCCAAUGUGCGUCCGUUCUUCAAAGCAGAUAAAAAUACAAGUAUUUGUUCAACCUCAUACAGUCGUCGUUUACUGAAUAACCAUUUCGAUUAUGAAAACGUAAUUUUGAUAGAUGUACUGCUUAUCUCCAUUGGAGGUGGAAAUCGGGAUUUACUAGUUCAACCUGGGUUCACGAUUUCAAAAUUUAGCGAUAUACAUUCCAUGACUAUGUCAAUACCGAAAGUAUGGAUAAGUUGUGAUCAUUUGUCGGCAGUUUGGUGUCUUCAGCUAGUACAUGUAAUAAACAGAUAUCUGUUUGACAUCGCUAGGAAGGACGACUACGGUUACGUGUAUUUCAUUAAGGAUAGAGUAGUCCGUGAGCAGGUUGCGCUCAACUAUUUUGUGAGACUAAAUACAUUGCUACCUAAAAAAAUCAAUAUCGAAAGGAAAGCCGCAAUUGACACAGUAUGGAGUGAAGAUUCAAGAAGAAUAUUUUCGAAAGCAUUUAAAAAUGGAGUUAGACGUAAUUUUAUUCAGUUGAUACCCUUGUGGCAACACGUUUUGCAUCAGAAACUAUACAUUGAUGUUAGUCAACUGGAUCAUGGAGACUGUCUGUUUGGAUGUUCGAGAACAUCAAGUUCGAACGAAAGCAUUUUGUGUAAGGACGGAAUUUCUCUCUUACAUCAUUUUCAAAUAUUACCAUCGCUUAAUAACCAAAUGCGAUCUGUGGCAGUACUUGAUAUCGAAAACUUAAGGAACGCAUAUUUAAACUGGAGCCAUAUUGGUCUGUUCGUCCAAGCAACGAGAACACCGGGCCGCCGAGAGCCAGGCAGGGCCCAGCGAAGAUUGCAUCGGCGAGCCCUUUGAAUUGAAACUUUUUGGUGCUUUUUAGUACUACCCACACAUCCAUUAUUACAAAGACAAUUUUUUUUUUUAUAUGAAUUUGGUUACGUAAGACCAGUGCUGGCCACUUUAUGAUUACGAUUUACAGUAAUCGGGAUACGAAAAAUUUUAAGAUUAUAAUUACAGUAAUUGUAAUCAUGAAAAUUGUUAUUACAAUUACAGUAGUAAUCGUUAACUUUUUUAGGAUUACAAUUAAAGUAAUCAAAAUCAUGCAAUUCAUGCAAUUGCGAUAACUAAACAUAACAGUUGUUGAUGACAACCAUAUAUGUAAUACUUCUAUAUUGAUAGUAAGCUAACAUCUCAAUGUGUAAGCAUUCCGAAAUCAAAG